AUCUUGUAUAUCCUCGGCCCCCUUCUGCGAUGGACACAAGGGCAGAGAGUCUCCGACACUCAGUAGAUUGUUCGAUUGUCUCCCUUCCCUGGGCCCUUUCUCCCUCCGCCCUCUGUGUUCAGCGAGUCCGUUUUAACCCCCCGUUGAAUUGUUGCUGCAGGAAUUGACGGAGCAGGAGAUGUUUGGGGAGCUCGUCUCGACUGGGUCGAAUCCCGAUAGGUCCAAGCCACUGGCGAAGAGCAGCAAAUCUGAGAGUCAGAUCUUUGCUUCCCCCAGUAAAGCUGAAGCCAGCCACACUCCGAAGCACAAGAGGACUCCGCUGAAGGACCGGCAGGUAACGCGAGCGCAGAACGAGAGGGCGAACAGCUCGGACAGUGAGAGGUCGCCGGAGCUGAGCAUCCAGGUCCCUCGCAAGGUGGUGUACGAUCAGCUGAACCAAAUCCUGUCAGCGUCGGAGAGCAGCGUGCCCGAGACGGUCGUCAUGGUGAGCACGGUGGACUGGCAGGGGCAGUACGUCUCUGAGCUGCUGCUGGAACAGAAGAGGGCCGUGGUCUGCACCUGCUCCAUGAUAGAGAUACAGACGUCACUGUCCGCCAUCCUCACGAGGAUUCAGCGCUACUGCAACUGUAACGCCCAGAUGCCGCGGCCGGUGAAGGUGGCCGCCGUAGGCGGGCAAAGCUACCUCGCCACCAUCCUGCGGUUCUUCGUAGAGCAGCUCGCGGGCAAGACAUCGGACUGGCUCAAUUACCUGCGCAUCCUGGUGGUCCCGCUGGGGUUUCACCCUGUCGCCAGGUACAUGGCGUCCCUGGACAGCAAGUACAACACCCUCUUCCUGGACUCCGCGUGGACCGAGCUGUUCAGCAAGAUGGAGCCGCCCAGUACCGAUCCGUUGGACGUGGUCGGGCGGGUCACGCAGUAUAUAUCCGGCGCGCAGGUGUCACACCAGCUCCCGAUCGCCGAGGCCAUGCUGACCUGCAAGCACAAGAGCCACGAAGACGAUUCCUAUCAGAAGUUUAUACCCUUUAUUGGAGUGGUGAAAGUUGGAAUUAUUGAGCCGUGUCCUUCCGCUCCAGUGGCAGCCGCCGAGCCAGAGGACACCGCGUCAGCCGCCAGUUUCGUCCCCUCCACCUCCCCUCCCCACAGUGCGGGCUCCGCGCACGUCAAAGAGACACUGUCCACUCCCCCCUCCUCCCCGUCCAUGAGCGGCGUCCUCUCCUCCACGAGCCCGGGCGGUGGCGAGGCCUUGGGCCUGCAGGUGGACUACUGGCUCUCGCAGUCGGCGGAGCGGCGGAGGGAAGGCGAGAAGCGGGACGCCAACGCCAAGAACACGCUCAAGAGCGCCUUCCGCUCGGUGCAGGUCAGCCGGCUGCCGAGCGGCGGGGAGGUCACCCCCUCCGCCACCAUGUCCAUGACGGUGGUCACCAAAGAGAAGAACAAGAAAGUGCCGACGAUAUUCUUGAGCAAGAGACCAAAGGAGAAGGAGCUGGACUCGAAGAGCCAGGUCAUCGAGGGCAUCAGUCGCCUGAUCUGCUCGGCCAAGCAGCAGCAGCACAGCACACUGAAAGUCUCCAUCGAUGGGCUGGACUGGAACGACGUUAAAUUCUUCCAGCUGGCGGCCCAGUGGCCGACCCACGUGAAGCACUUCCCCAUUGGACUCUUCUCCUACAGCAAGCCUGGCUGCUAGCUCGUCAUGGAGGGGACGUUGGCACAGGCGCCCUCGGGGGGGCCGGCGAACCUGACGGUCGGGAGGACGCUUCGGAGGGGAAAUGAAAGCCGAUGUCCAGUUGCCCAUCCCUCCCCACCCACCUCUGCCCAACCCCUCUCCCCACACCUCUGCCCAACCCCUACCCCACCCACCUCUGCCCAACCCCUACCCCACCCACUUCUGCCCAACCCCUCUCCCCAGACCUCUGCCCAACC